AUGGUUUCAAAAUCGAAUAUUUUACUCUUAAUCGCCAUCUUCUCACUUCAACAAUUCGUUUUCAUUAAAACAGAAACGGAUGUCAAAAUUGUACCAAAUGAAAUUUUGACAGUGGAAGAAGAAAAACAAGUUAUCAAUGAUUUUCAAGAUCGUUGUGCAAGUACAAAGUGUCGUGACGGUGAAACAUGUGUAUUGAAUAAAGAUGGUGAUGCUGAAUGUGCCUGUGUUGCCCAAUGUGAAGAUCCGAAAGAUGAACGUUUAAUGGUUUGUACAAAAGCUAAUCAUACAUAUACAUCGGAUUGUGAAUUCUUUCAAAUGCAAUGUUGGUGUCGUAAAGAUGAUGAAAGAUGCACGCGAAAGGAAGCUGUCGCUGACUCGAUAGAUUAUUUUGGACGAUGUCAAAAUUUGGGAGUUUGUACCGACUUUGAAUUGGAAGUUUUUCCAAAACGAAUGACAACAUGGCUCGGUGAAAUUCUUGAUGCUUUGUUUGUUCGUAAAGAUCUCGAUGCCAAAUACGAAGUUUUAGUCAAUGAAGCACGUAAGAUGAAAUUGUCGAAUACCGAAAAAUGGUGGCGUAAUGCUGUUCUCUGGGAAUUUUGUGAACUUGACCGAACACAUGAUAACGCAGUGAAUAACGAAGAAUUGGCACGUUUCGUUCGAUCACUUAAAGUACUUGAACAUUGUAUUCAACCGUUUCUGGAUCAUUGUGACACAGACAAUGACAACAAAAUCUCCUCAGAUGAAUGGGGUACAUGUCUUGGUUUAGACAAGGAAGAUACAACUUUCUUGAAAACAUUCUGUUCACAAUAA